AUGAAUUCAUCACAAAGAUUUUGGCUGAAAGACUCAAGAAAUGUUUGCUCCUAUUCAUUAGUCACAAUCAAUGUGCUUUGGUGGAAGGAAAACUAAUGGUAGUGAAUCUUUUACUAGCACAGGGAAUGGUAAAGCAUUACCACCAGCAACAUCUUAGUUCAUGUUGUGCUCUUAAGAUUGAUUUGAUGAAAGCUUUUGACUCUGUCCAUUGGGAUAUUGUUUUCCAAAUUUUGGAUGCUCUUGGAUUCCACCCUCUUUUCAUAAAUUGGCCGGUUGCUUGUAUUACUACUUAGAAGUUCUUCGUGGUUUUCAACGGGAAUCUUGUAGGAUAUUUUCUUGGGAAGAAAGGUAUCAAGCAAGGUGACCCUUUGUCACCAUAUAUCUUUGUUAUAUGCAUGGAAGUUCUCUUUGGAAUGCUUAAUAAAGUUGCAGCAGGACAGUUUGCUUAUCACCCUAAAUGUGCAAAGGUUAAACUCACCCACCUUUGCUUUGUAGAUGACCUUAUCAUUUUUAUAGAUGGAAAGGCAUCCUCUUGAACUGCAAUUGAUGACACUUUGAAGAGCUUCUAUUCUAUUUCUGGUUUGAAGGUAAAUUAUGCAAAGUCGGAACUUUUUUGCCGUGGGAUUCUUGCUAGUGAAGUACAACACUUUACCUCAAUUUAUGGAUUCAAUAUUGGCACACUACCUGUCAAGUACUUAGGAGUACCUUUAAUCACAGGAAGACUAAUAGGAAAAAACCUAAAGCCAUUGGUAUCUAAGAUCAUGGGCAUAAUGAAUUCUUGGACAUCGA